AUGGCAGGAAAGCCUGACUUAUCAGCAGGACCUGGAGUGCAAAAUGUAGUGGUUUAUGUAUCAAACGACAAUUUCGCUCAGGCGUACACUGUAGGCCAACAAAAUGUACCCCAGAACGCCCACCUCCUGCACAACGCCGCAUACGGGAACCCCCCAUCGAUGGCCCCCUCGCUGGGACCUCCAAAAACCUUCCAGGAGAAGCACAGCCUCAAACCACCAGAGUAUUCGUCCAGCGAGCAGGUUCAGCAACAAGGUGGCUACUUUGCCAGUGUGAUAUCUCAGGGUUAUGCCAACAAUGUGAACUAUCCCAAUGGGGCUGUAUUGAAGAGCUAUGGGAAUGGGGAGGUCCUUUCAGUGGACAGACAGGCUGUUCCUGUCAAAGUGCGCGAAGAUUGUGAUACAUACGUGGAUUCGGGUUACGUGACGGUAAUGGGGGCUGAAGGGGCCCCGCACAGUGUUCGUUGUGAUUCAGCGCGUUCGGAGACAGCGGAAUCUAGUUGUAGCAGUUUGAGUUCUGCCGACGAGGGGUUGGUGAUCGUCCAGAAUCAGCCCCCUGCGGCAGAAAUGGUGGUGUACGAGGGCGGGGGUGUUAAUUCGCGGUCGAGCGGGGUUGUGGUGGCUCUCGGGGGGCCCCAUAUUGCCCCGCAGACGCUGAACGGGGGCCCGCUCGUGGGGACUCUGGGUCCCGUUCAGAAACAGUGUGUGAUGGUGCCCGUUGGAUGGAAGAGGUUGCUGAAUAAUGGCUGCAUCAUCUAUAUCAGGUAUUUGUUUAUUCAAAAAUUUAUUUGA